AUGGUCAACGACCUCACCCACCUCGCUCACUGCAUGGCACCUCCACGACCCACCACUCGCAACCACCACCGUCACCAGCAGCAACCAAGACCCCAGCGACAGAGGAACAACCAGCGGCCAAACACCAACCACGCCGCCGAUGCAAGCAGAAUACAGAAGCUCUACCGCGCCAACAAAAACAAGGCGUUCGAGGAGAUCACCCGGAGUCCCAGCCGCUUCUGCAGCAUCAACAAAACCACGAUCGCCGAUCAUUUCAUCAGUACCAACAGCCAUCGUCACUUACCACAGGAACCACUAGUGGCCUCUCUACCGCCAAGCCCGCUGCCCACGUCCAAUGACCCACUCUGCAGCAUCUUCACGCCGGCCAAGAGGAUUGGAGCUAUACCAUCUGCUUGGAAGACGUCCACCACGAUCCUCCUACACAAGAAGGGCGACAGGGAUAACAUCACAAACUGGAGACCCAUCGCCCUCGCAAAUACUUUGGGUAAGUUAUACUCGGCAUGCAUUGCAUGCCGCCUUCUGCGCUGGUGUGAAGAGAACGACAUCAUCUCCACGGCGCAGAAGGGCUUCAUGAGAUACGAUGGCUGCUCUGAACAUAAUUUCAUCCUCCAAUCGGCCAUCCAGGACGCUCGGCGCAGGAAUCAUGGGUGCCACGUGGCCUGGCUUGACUUAGCCAACGCCUUCGGCUCCGUGCCCCAUGAGAGCAUCUUUACUUGCCUCAAGUGGAGCGGCCUGAGCGAAUCCUUUGUACAAUGCAUCAAAGACCUCCUUGAAGACUGCUGCACUCGCGUCCGUUCUAACACGGGCCUAACUGACUCUAUUCCCAUACACGCAGGCGUUAAGCAGGGGUGCCCCCUGAGCCCCAUACUGUUUAACAUAGUCAUGGAACCAGCGCUCCGGCUGAUCUCCAAUCUCGACGAGGGAUAUCGCCUCCACGACCACACCAUAUCCAUCCUUGCCUACGCUGACGACAUUACUGUCGUUAGCAAAACCACGGAAGGACUACAAGCCCAACUCAACUUACUUACCUCCUGGGCCCAGAACUGUGGUCUCUGCUUCAAUCCGGCAAAGUGUGCGACCCUCUCCGUCGCCACCAAGUACCAAUGCGCGGAAGGCAAUAGGUUCACCAUACAAGGCGGCAACAUCCCACAUCUCAAGAAAGGUGAGUUCUACCAACAUCUUGGUAUUCCCACAGGGUUCACCCUCGGACGAUCCGCUGAAGCCGUGAUCGACAGAAUACUAGCUGACCUGAAGCACGUCGAAAACUCCCUCCUAGCCCCAUGGCAAAAAAUUGACUGCAUUGGGACUUUCCUGACAUUCAGAUUGACAUUCCACCUACUCCUGGGAAACGUCCAGAAGAAGGCAUUGGGAAAAUUAGACAAGACCAUCAAACGUUGCACCAAAAAAUGGCUCUAUCUUCCACAGCGCGCCAGCCCUGAGAUCGUCCAUAUGCCGCAUGCGCAAGGAGGCGCCAACAUAACCCCGUGCGGCAUAUUGGCCGACAUAGCUCAGGUAAGUCACGCUGUAAACCUAUUGCACUCUAGGGACCCCACCGACUCUGAUCUCGCCAUCAAAACCCUCUGGCUGGUUGUUGAAAAACGCAUCAAGCGGGCCCCGAACGACUCCGACAUCUGCACAUACCUCUCAGGUUCAAUGGAGAAUGAAUUCGGGUGCGACCCGUAUGAUAUUCCGUCGGCCUGGACCCGCCUGAGAAUGGCCACACGCCGACUUAGGAAACGAGUAAAGCUCGAAUGGCAACCCGGCACCGACGGCACCCUUACCCCGUUUGUCAACGGCAGACCAAUCACCAAAUCAACAACCAUGAAAUCCAUCGCUGACGCCAUCAAAUCAUCAUUCCUCACCACCCUACUUCGUAAACCAGACCAGGGAAAGGCCUUCUGCAUCACCGCCACCAACAGCGUAAGUAAUCAUUUCCUCAGAGACGGCAACUUCACCAGAUUCGCGGAUUGGCGUUUCGUCCACCGUGCCCGACUAAGUGUCGUCCCACUGCGUGGACUCAGAAGGUUCGACAACGCUAGCCAGACGUGCAGACGAUGCCAAAAACACCGUGAAACGCUAGCACACGUUGUCAACCACUGCCCGCCAAAUCUCAGCAUGAUCACUAAACGUCACAAUGCCAUCCUGGACAGACUUUAUAAUGCACUCAACCGCAAAAACCUUACAGUGUACUGCAAUCAACAGAUCCCGGACUAUCCAGAUACAUGCCGUCCUGACCACGUCAUUAUAAAUAACAACCCCAAAACAGCAACUAUUAUCGACAUCGCCACCCCCUUCGAAAACGGGGAAGACGCUUUUGAACGCGCCCGUGCCGAGAAGGUAGCAAAAUACACCGAUCUGGCCAAGUACUUCAGAAACCUCGGCUACGAAACCUUUCUCAACGCGUUCAUCGUGGGGGCCCUCGGCGGCUACGACGCCGCCAACGAGUGUGUCUUACAACGUCUCGGAAUCACCAGAAACUAUUCAAAAUUGAUGAGACGUCUCAUAGUGAGUGACUGCAUCAGGUGGAGCAGAGACAUAUACACUUCCCACCUGGGCAGCCGCUAUCGCAACUAA